AGAUUAACUGAUUGGCCAAUAGCAUCUAUAUUUAUCUUAUUUUAUACAAACUCUUAAGAGAAGUUGACCAAGCUCUUGUUGGAGAUGACUUGAUUUAUGAAAGCACUUAAUUUGGUUUGAUUAUACUAUACUUAUUACUAUGACCCGAUUUUAUUCCAUACUAAGCAUCACAAAAUGUUGUUAACUCAGAUCUGGACGUGAUUUGAUUCACCAAAUCAGUUAAUUUGAAUUGAUUUUAUCCUACUAUACUUAUUUUAACUCAGAUUUUAUUCAAUUAUAAACUCAGUGUCGAUAUAAUAUAUGAAUACUCUUGUAUAAAAUAAAGUUGCAGAGUACUCUUAUUUCAUUCUUUUUCAAAAUUAGAAGACUUGUCGAAUCAGUGGGCCUAAUCAUCAUGUAGUUUAGAUGGGCCCAAUCAUCAAAUGAAACGUUGCAUACAAUUUCAGGCCCAUGAGGGACCAUGAAUUCACAAUUUCAAGUCCCCAUUUGGCUAGACACAACUUUUCAAAAGCCAUUUGCCAUAUGAUAUGCAAAAUCUAUGCACAAGUGUGUAUUAUAUAUAUACAAGUUUAGAGUCGUAGCUUCUAUUUUUACUUUCUUAGGUACGUUCUUUAGCUACAUAAAGCUUUAAUAUAUGCAUAGAUUCAUAGCAAUUGAAAUGUAUGAGCUGUUAAUUACUUGAAAGUCAUUAGCAAAAGCCUAAGUUCAUGGCCAAAAGUAGCCGAGUUUCUACUUAAAAUAAAGGAGGAAGAUGAAAAAGUGAUGAGAUUUUAAACAACAUAGAUAUAUACUCAUAAGAGCCACACUAACCGCAUUGAGUUCAUAAAACAAAGUUUAAUUAACCUUCCCACCUAAAGACGAUGAAUAAACCUCCUCCUCCCCUUAAACCAUUUAUAUAUCUUCUUGUUUCUUUGAAAGAUUCUUGUAGUAUAUAAAUCUUCUUGGAAUCUACAAAACCUCAACACAAAACUCACUUUUGUCUUGUCCUUGACACUCUCUCUGUCUCAGUCUAUCUAACGGUCCGAAACUAAAAAUGUGUUCUCACCGUUGCUUUCUUUUACUCAUCUUCUUCCUCGUUUCACAUUCUUCCGUUACUUCAAGAAUCUUGCCAAAGAUCUCCGUGACCACUACAACUACUCUCGAUGUCACUGACUCCAUUCGCAAAACGAAGGAUGCGUCGUCGUUUCGGUUAAACCAGCAAGAAGAACAGAGUCACUACCCUACUUCAUCUUCAUUUAGCUUGCAGCUUCACUCACGAGCUUCCGUCCGAGGAACCGAACACCCAGACUACAACUCUCUCACACUAGCCAGACUCCACCGUGACUCAACCCGAGUCAAAUCCCUCACGGCUCGUUUAAACCUAGCAAUCAACAACAUAACCAGAGCCAAUCUCAAGCACACAAUGUACACCACGGAGCAGGAAGAGAUCGAAGCUCCUUUAAUCUCCGGCACGACUCAAGGAAGCGGCGAGUACUUCACACGCGUAGGAAUCGGAAGCCCGGCGCGUGAAGUUUACAUGGUGCUCGACACUGGAAGCGACGUUAACUGGCUACAAUGCGCUCCUUGCGCCGAGUGUUACCACCAAACCGAACCCAUCUUCGAGCCGACAACUUCCUCCUCUUACGCCACUCUCUCUUGCGACGCUCCGCAGUGCAAAGCCCUCGAAGCCUCCGAAUGCAGAAACGCCACGUGUCUCUACGAGGUUUCAUACGGCGACGGUUCUUUCACCGCCGGCGACUUCGCCACCGAGACGUUCACCAUAGGCUCAGCCUCCGUCGACAACGUCGCCGUCGGGUGCGGGCACAGCAACCAAGGGCUGUUCGUCGGCGCCGCCGGUUUGCUCGGACUCGGCGGCGGGUUGCUCGCUCUCCCGUCGCAGCUCAACACGACGUCGUUCUCUUACUGCCUCGUGGACCGCGACUCGGACUCGUCUUCCACCGUCGAGUUCGGGUCCGACAUCCCAAACGACGCCGUCGUGGCUCCGUUGAUGCGCAACCACCAGCUCGACACGUUUUACUACCUUGGACUCACCGGGAUAAGCGUCGGCGGCGAGAUGCUCGAGAUUUCGGCGUCUUCUUUCGAGAUGGACGAGUCAGGAGGCGGAGGGGUGAUUAUCGACUCGGGAACCUCCGUGACUCGGCUCCAGACCGGAGUCUACGACUCGCUCAGAGACGCGUUUGUGAAAGGGACGACGGAUUUGGAGAGAGCGGGCGAGGUUGCGAUGUUCGACACGUGUUAUGAUCUGUCGGGUAAGACGACUAUUGAGGUCCCGUCGGUGGCUUUUCAUUUCCCCGGCGGGAACAUGUUGGCUUUGCCGGCGAAGAAUUAUAUGAUACCGGUUGACUCGGUGGGGACUUUCUGUUUAGCGUUUGCACCGACGGCGAGUUCGCUUGCGAUCAUCGGUAACGUGCAGCAGCAAGGGACACGUGUCGGUUUCGAUCUGGCGAAUUCGCUUAUUCGAUUCUCGGCGAAUAAAUGCUAAGCAUUUAAUAUCCGAAUGAAAGAAAAGAAGGCUAAUUAAUUCCCUUAUUUUGUUUCUGCUAAUUUGAAAAAUAUUAGUAGAAUUGCUUCAACAAUUAUUAAGUCUUUAAUUACGCAUUAUCUAGUUAUUUAUUUAUGUCGUUAAGUAAUUAUCUAUACUAUAGUUCCCGAAUCACGACGAAGCAAUGACCAUUAAUUCGUAUUGAUUCGAUUACGUACAUGAUUAUCUGUUGAUGCUGUUUUCCAGCAUUAUCUAAACUAAAGAUGCUCACGUGUUUAACACUUGUAGAAUAUACACGAUACUAAUUUUGAAAACUAAGAAAAAAACUGGGAUAGUUGGAGUUGGAGAUGAGGUUAUGGAAUUAAUUAUAUGAUUAAUUAGAUAUUAGAAAAAAGAAGAGAACAUGGGACAUAGAGAGGUGGCGAAGACAUGAUGCCACCACUUGCCAUCACAACAAAUGAAGUGGCAACCAUUCGCGUCAAUCAUUUUGUCACUAAACAACCUUUUCUACUUUUUCAUGUCAACCUUUUUACUUUUCGCCUUUGUUCAUCUGAAACAAACACUCUUUUACUGUCACAGUUGCAUGCUUGACAUUAAACUUACUUCAUUUAAGCAAAAGAAAACAAGCAAAUAAACCUGACACUUAUUUUCACCACCAUGGGAAAACAUUUCUUGGUACAGUGGUACUGAAAUAAUUAGGUGUACGUUUCUAUUAGGAGAUCUAGAAGAUCGAUCCAAUCCAAUAGUCAAUAUUAAGAUAUACAUCAAUAUAUUAGAAUAGAAAGUUUAUCAUUAUCUAUUAUAUACUAUUCCAUAUUAGUUUAGGAAAUUAGUUUGAUUUAUUCUCUAUAUAAACAAUGCAUCUUGUAACAUUAUUUUCAUGAGAGUCUAAUAUAAUUAUUCCAUAAACACUUUUGUGUUCUUUACUCUCAUCAAUUUGUCAUGGUAUCAGAGCCUGAACAAAACUAAAAACAUCAAAAACAUCCUUAUUCUCGUGUUGUCUUGCAAAAUCGCAGAACAAUCACUUCUCAUUCAAAAACUUCUUUAUUCACGACUUGAAGAAGAAGAUUUUUAUUCAAUCAUAGUCUUGGUGUCUUUGCAAAAUCGCAAAUCAUCAAACUUAUUCUCUAUUCCUUUGUUUCUCGAUUUGAAGCAAGGAAAAUUCAUUCAACAAUUCACAUUCAUUCAUCAACUUUCGUAUGGCUAUUAGCUCACGAAGAUUCAGAUUUCUUUACGGCAGUCUACCGGCAGCCGAUUCACCCUACCGUGAAGAUUGCAAAGCAAACAAUCAUCUCAUUGUAGGAUGGAUAAAACAAACAUUCGAACCAAAACUCAGAUCAUCUAUCUCUACUUG